GGUGACAAGAUAAGUAACAUGUCCCCUACACGAAUAUGCUUCUUAAUGAUCGGUAUUGUUACUUUAUUGGCGCACACGUUUCUCUAUUGUGUCGCCGGAGAAAUUCUAACAGAACAAUGCAAGGCGAUAUAUAACGUUAUAUGCGAUCUUGAAUGGUACAAGUUAAGGCCGAAACAGGGAAAAAACCUGAUUUUAAUGAUGCUACGAGCCAACGAACCUUUUCACAUCACUGCGGGAAAAAUAUUUCCAUUAACGAUGACCACAUUCUGCAGCUUAUUAAAAACAUCGGCCGGUUAUAUAUCGUUUUUAUUAGCAAAUCGCGAAACUGAAACAUAAGAGAAGCAUUACAUCAUCUCUUCAGAAAUUGAAGGAAGAUAAGUAAUAACACAUUUUUCCGAUCAGGUAAAAUUAUGACCAGAAAUUAAUAAUAAUUAAUAACUGGA